CUUUCCGUGUCCAUGGCGAAGUUGCAGAAGAGGAAACAACAACUCAAUAAAAGCAACAGAACUUAGAAUUGGAAUCAGGAUUGAUCUUGUAAUAAUCUCAUUCUAUUUUAGCUUCUUUCGGUCUUCUGUCAAGCUUCAGAAAGAUGGAGAACGAAACUGCAAAUCAAAAGCGAUGCUUUAAGCUGUUUGGUGUUCUAAUUUCAGAGCAAAAUCAACAUCAAGAGGAAUCUGAGGUUGAAGUUCAUCGGAGGAAAGACAGAGCGCCACGUGCAGCGCAAGUUAAAGUGAAGAGAUGGACGGAGGAGGAACAUCAGAAUUUUCUAAGUGGGUUGAAAUAUUGUGGAAAAGGAGAUUGGAAAGGAAUUUCAAAGUACUUUGUGCCCACCAGGACUCCAACACAGGUGGCCAGCCAUGCCCAGAAGUAUUUUAUUGCACAAGCUUCAACUUACAGGAGGAAUUAUAGAUCAAGCAUAUUUGAUUUGCCACUCAAUCAAUCUGUACAAUCCCCGGAAACGAUGAACGGAGUCCGGGAAGUACCGAGACACCAUUGCCAUAAUGUGAUGGGGCAAUGAAUAAUGCGAGAAGAGCUUAUGCAGUCAUGGCUACGCAUGGCUGACUAUGCACUCACCAAGUUACUCAAAAGGGUAAAAUAUAAUUGAAAGGCUCAAGAGAAGAUACAGUGUUGUUUCGAA